GGGGGCAAAGCACCAGCGCGGCGGAAACAGUACCGCGGCACAGACUGCGCCAUCAACACCAGUCCAUCUCGCCCCCAGCCCUGGAGGCUCCUCCACUCGCCUUUCCCCUCCCCUCUCCUCCGCCGCCUCCUCUCCCUCGGCGCAGCGUCACCCCCUCGAUCCCCCGCUUCGCCGGCCAGUUCGCCGUCUCCUGCCGCGAUUCCGCGCGGUGGGGCGGCCGAUCCGACCGGGCCCGGUUCGCUGGGUGUGGGCACGUAGCUCGCUCGGAUUUGCGGGGAGGAUCGGCGGGGGGAUCGCACGGUGGGCAGAGGGGUCUUCUACUGGAUAGUGUGGUAUUGUGCUGAAAUCACCGUGGACUCUCUUCUGUGAUUGUCUCUGAUACUGAUUGACAUAUUGGGCCUCUUCUUCAUCAAUGGGCAUUGUGAAGGUUGCAAGUGGUGUGCCUAUAGCGAAGAGUGGUUACAGCCGUGAAAAUGAGGACCUUACGCAAGAGGAGAGAUUACUCCUUGAGAGCUUUCCUAGUCGUGAAUCUACUGAUGAGUGCGAACAUGCGGAGGUCGAUUGUGAGCUUGCAAUAUAUGGAGGCAAGCUGUGCAAUGUGCCUUAUGGGCUUUAUGAUCUGCCUGAGUUAAAGGACUUACUGUCUCUGGAGACGUGGAACUCAUGUCUAACGGAAGACGAUAGAUUCCGUCUAGCAGCGUACCUCCCGGACAUGGACCAACAUGACUUGUUUACAACAAUGACUGAGCUCUUCAGUGGCAGUGCUAUGUUCUUUGGGAGUCCACUUAGAGGUUUUUUUGACAGAUUGAACGGUGGAUUUUAUUCUCCAGAAGUUUCUCGGGCAAGAGAAUUACUGAUGAACUUUCAGAGACGAAGGUAUUAUCAUUUUCUGAAGUUGUAUCAUGAUGGCAUUGUUUGGAAGUUUGCAUGCAUGGACAAGCUGUGGAGAAGAAGUGUUGCGGAUACUAGUCUCAAGGAGAAGAUUCACAUUUGGCACAACUGGAUGCAAGAGAAGCUUCUCACAAUUGCAGAUCCAAACAGUUCUCCUUUGAGACUAUCAAAUAUUGGUGAGGCUCAAGCUGCCAGUUUUGCACCAUUGAAGCGAGCUAAACUUAUGGAAGGGACAUCAAGUACCAAUUGGUCAGCCGAAUACAAGGAGAUAGUCCAUGGAGGAAAACCAGUGGAAAUUAGCUCAUCAAAUAGUCACAUUUUUCACCUUCAAGAUAAGUCUGGUAAAAAAUGUAGCAAAACACCAAAAGUUGUGCUUAAAACAAAUGCCGACAGUGAUUCCAUUGCUGAUGGCAAUGCAGGAAUACAUCAUACACCAGGACUGAUCCCACUCACGCAGCUGGGAGUGCAGGUCUCCACCUUUUCUCCUUAUCCUUUUUCACAGCAUGUACAUAAUUUUGCUGUGAAUUCAUCUUAUCCUUUAUACAUAAACACAAGGAGAAGUUGUUUAGGCAGUUCAAGCUCAAAAGCCUGGCAGUCAGAGGGUGCACUAGAAACUUACCCUAUCUUGGUCAAAGGUCCAUUUGGAGUCCAGCAUGCUGUUUUAGAGGAUCUCAAAACAGGCAACCAUUCUGCAGCGUUAAGUGGGUAUCAGUCAGCAGCUAAACCUAUCACAGUAUAUUCAGAUGAAGGAAACGACACAAGAGAAUCUUUCCAUGAGAAGAACCUUUUGAAGAACUUUGGCCGGCUGGGUGCCAUGGUUCCUGAAAGUUCUCCUGGUCUGUAUAUGAGAACCGCCAUUGGCAAUGAAAUGAACGGAUUGACGAAAGUCCCCAACCCAGGAAAUCCUGACAUUAUUUCUGAGAUGCUGACCCUUGGUGCAAGUGCAAACCCACCUUAUAACUUCCCGAUGAAGUCUGAAACCAUGCACAUACAGCAUCAUGAUGGACUGAAGACGAAGGCACCUCCUUUGAUGAACCCUGCUAGAAGAGUUGAAGGACAUAGGUUCCCUUACACAUACACAAGGAGGAAGCCGCACAGGGGGGUUGACCUCAUGGAUCCUGUUGAGACGCCGACCAUGGUGGGUUCAGAGACAGCGAGUGGGCUGGCUAGCAUGGCAAAUGUAAAGGCGAAGGGCAUCAAACUUUGAAGUUUGCAAGCAACAAACAAGGAUAUCUGAUUAUAGAGAUGGGAGUUGGCUUAGCAUCUAGCUAACAUGGUAAAUAAGGGUAAUGUUUUGCUUCCUGCUGCGAAGUCGAAUAGGCUGAAGCCUCCCUUUGUUAUGGUAUCAUGCAGUUGCUCAAUAGGACAAGUAGAUAGCAAUCCUGUUAGAUCAAAUAUGCAAAGCAGUCGAGUCUCACACCUAAUUAUUUUCCAAGGACACUUUGCUGCAAUUAUAUAUUACCUUGGUCCGAAAUUACUAACGUAUCUAGGUACAUUUGUAUCUAGACAAAUCUAAGACAACUAAUUCAGGACAGAAGGAGUACAUUCUUAUAGGCUCCAGUUUUCUCUGUUA